UAUUACUCAAGUUUGUGUAACACAAAGGCAUGGUAGGAGAGGAAGAACAGUGAGAAAGAACAUGGAAGACGAAGAGAAGCUCUGAGUUAUAGUCUCCAGUGAACUCUUUUAUUCUUGGAUCGUCUCUGUUGUUCUGGAACUAAGACCACUCCAAACAGAAGAAAGAUGCAGCAAUUGGGAGGGGAGGAGUGUCUGGUCCCUCAGCCUCGUGGGAGUUUACCCAAAGCCUGUGCGAUAGGAUUGGCUUCUGUGGUGGUGACGGCCAUCUUGGUUUUGGAGCCUGAGGGCUUCUUCAGACACCUUUCCGCAGCAAUACUCAUCCUGACUGUGGGGCCCUCGCUGCACGGAGUGUUUCUUCUCUCAGAGGAAUGUCUUCAUCAUGCAACUACCAGGUACCGUGGUCGGAGGCUGAGUCAGAUGGUGACAGCCUGUGUGGGUGUAUGUACCCUCCUGUGUGUGGGUUUGGCAGUGCUGCUGUUUGUCUUGACCAAGCACCAGCCCUGGAGGGACCAGUGGAGCAUGGUUAUCCUGGCCUGUGUCCUCUACCCUCUACUCAAAACCCUGGGAGUACUGGGUCCGUCUGAGGUGGAGGUGUCAGAGAUCUGUGAGACGAGGAAGAUGAACGUGGCUCAUGGCCUGGCUUGGUCUUUCCACCUGGGCUACCUCAACCUGGUUCUGCCUCGGUUGGAGGGUUCUAUCGCAGCGUUCCGUGCUUCACAUAAUGCAGGUCCGUUUGAGACCAGGGGUUCCAGAAAGCUCCUCAUUCUCCUUCCUCUCAACGCAAACAUUACUCACACGCUGGAGGACGAGGACACCAACAUCCAUUUCUAUGACAACCUCCCUGACACAGAGAUCGACAGGGCAGGUGUCAGGGGGCGUGUCUACAAGCACAGUGUCUACACCGUAUUGGACAAGGACAGACAGGCCCAUCACUGUGUUGUGGAGUAUGCCACCCCUCUGCUGACCCUGUAUAAGAUGUCUCAGGAGAGCAGUGCAGGGUUUGGGGAGAAGGACAGGAGAGAGCAGGUGCUGCUGUUCUACAGGACUCUACAGGACAUACUGGACCACUCACUGGAGUGCAGGAACCGCUACCGACUCAUCCUGCUCAAUGAUGAACAUGAGGAUGACCCUCACUACCUGUCCAACUCCAUUCUGAAGAACCUUGAUCAACAGGAGAAAGAAGAGUUCUAUGUUCCCCCUUUCAUCCCUCAGCCUGAGGUGGACCACCCAUCCCAUGCCCUGCCCAUCAUCGACGACUGGCACCGAGCUGAGCCAAUGAGCAGGGUGCCUACGAUCAUGAUCAGUCAUGACAUGCCACGUACACUCAGGGAACCGGUUGAGAAUUCGGAAGACCUUUCUCCAUGAGAGAGGUCUAGAGAGAUUAACAAAAUAAAUUGCACUUAGGCACAACAGCAGCAGCACUACACCAGGCUGCAAGGUAGGAAGCCAUCUCAAAGUAGAGCAACAAGGCAUUGCCUUCCCCUUUACACCGCCACUCAUUACUUAACAUACAGUGCGUUUGGAAAGUAUUCAGACCCCUUGAAAUUUUCCAAAUUCUGUUACGUUGGUCUUAUUCUAAAAUGGAUUAAAUAGUUUUUCUUCCUCAAUCUACACACAAUACCCCAUAAUGACAAAGCAUAAACCGGUUUUGUCGAUUUUUUUUGUUGAAAAUUUAUCAAAUGUAUCAAAAUAAAUAUUACACUUCCAUAAGUAUUCAGACCCUUUACUCAGAACUUUGUUGAUGCACCUUUGGCAGUGAUUACAGCCUCAAGUCUUCUUGGGUAUGAUACUACAAGCUUGGCACACCUGUAUCUGGGGAGUUUCUCCCAUUCUUCUGUGCAGAUCCUCUCAAGCUCUGUCAGGUUGGAUGGGAAGUUUACCACAGGUGGACUCCAAUCAAGUUGUAGAAACAUCUCAAGGAUGAUCAAUGGAAACAGGAUGCACCUGAGAUCAAUUUAGAGUCUCAUAGCAAAGGGUCUCAAUACUUAUUGUAUUUAUGUUUUUUAUGUUUUAUAAAUGUGCAAAAAAUUCCAAAAACCUGUUUUUGCUUUGUCAAUGUGGGGUAUUGUGUGUAUAUUGAUGAGGUAAAACAUUUGAUACAUUUUAGAAUAAGGCUGUAACGUCACAAAAUGUUGAAAAAGUCAAGAGGUCUGAAUACUUUCCGAAUGCUCUGUACGAGGGUCAGAUUGCAUACUAACAGAGGAAUAACAGAACAUUGUUAAUGGUGUAAUACAAUCCUGUGUUGGCUGUAACGUUUGGCCACAUACUGUAAGUCUUGUGUUUCUGUAUGUAUACAAACAAACAGAAUUCAGGUUCAAGUUACAACAACAACCCUGCUCAUUCCUCUCAUUGUGUGCAUGUUGCUCUACACUCAGUUCUGUAAUUCAUCUGUCUGUACUGUAUGUAUGGGCUCCCGAGUAACGCAGCGGUCUAAGGCGCUGCAUCUCAGUGCAAGAGGUGUCACUACAGUCCCUGGUUCGAAUCCAGACUGUAACACAUCUAGCCGUGAUUGGGAGUCCCAUAGGGCAGCGCACAAUUGGCCCAGCGCCGUCCGAGUUUGGCCGGUGUAGGCCGUCAUUGUAAAUAAGAAUUUGUUCUUAACUGACUUGCCUAGUUAAAUAAACCUCUUAAAGGUUCAAUAAAAAAGAACACUAUGAUGGAUUUACAUUAUUUGCAAAGACAGAAUGUGCAUGUCUGAACCAUGGGGUGAAUUAGAAGGGGAGAGAAGAGAGAGAGAGAGAAGGGAGAGCCUGAGGGACACUGAAUAGUAACAGCUUUAUCAUUCCAAAUAGUAGUGUUACGGUAGUAGGGCUGAUGGUAAUGAUAGCAGUUUACUGAUGGUGGCGGUAGUAGUAAUGAUGAUGGUAAUUGUAUUACUGAUAUAGUUAGUUAUAGUUUAAUUUUCUGGGUUUAAACUUUUAUUUUUAUAUUUCUACUAUUGACUGUUACCAUUUUAUUGUUGUUAUUAUUUGUAUUUUUUUCUUUAUAUGUAAUUUAUUUACUAACAUUUUAUAUUAUUACUAUUCAUUAUUUUAUUAUAAUGUAUACAUUAUUGCUUUUGCAAUUUACAACGCAAUGUUUUUCAUGCCAAUAAAGCAACUUAAAUUUGA